UCGAUUACUGGCUCAAUAUAGACCUAGAAGAUUAGAUACUAAGAAAGGCUACAUAUUGCAACUGCAUUGUUACUGGUCAUUUUUUAAACAUUUGUUUUCCUUGUUCUGUCUUUCAACACGACCUGUCCGCUCUUUUCAGGAGCAAUUGUUUGCUUUGCAUAGUAGUCGUCUUGUCGAUUCGCUUAUACCAUUUAAAUAUGAAUUACCAGUUGUAUAGAAAUACCACCCUUGGCCACACGUUGCAAGAGAGUUUGGAUGAGUUGAUUCAGAUGGGGCAAAUCUCUCCACAACUUGCUUUAAAAGUUUUACUUCAGUUUGACAAAGCUAUUAACCAAGCUCUUGCUCAACGAGUCAAGGCCAAAAUUUCCUUCAAGGGUAAACUGAACACCUACCGUUUCUGUGAUAAUGUGUGGACUUUUGUUUUAAAUCAAGUUGAAUUUCGAGAAGCUCCUGUACAGGAGAUAGCUAAAGUGGACAAAGUGAAAAUUGUGGCUUGUGAUGGGAAGAGCAUGCAAUCUUAGGAUAAGAGUUGUCUUCCUUUAACUCCAGUUUUUUUUGUGUGUGCUUGGAAGUGAAUGUCAUCAUAUCAUGGACUCCAAACAACUAGUGUACCAUAAAAUUUCACCUGUUGAUGGUGUUUUAAUUACAAUUUUUGAAAAGGAAGCUGGGAAAGUUUUUUUUUAUUUAAAAAAUGUAUAUUUUAUUAUGUGCAUUACUCAAAUUAUUGCAUGUAAACACAUUUUACAUAUAUUUUUUAAAUUCUUUUGCUAAAAUAAAAAUGUAACAUAUAUUUAAGAAAAUCAAAUUUAUUUUGUUUCUUCCAGCUACAGCAGCAAUGUGUAGUAAAUCAAUUAUUUACAAAUAAGAACUUGUCUUAGAGGCUUGUGCAAGCUUUGUCUGAACACUAUCACUAAUGUUCUUACAAAUUAUGUAUGGGUGGGUGGUCUGUUCUAUACUUCGUCAAUGAUAUCAAAUAAUCUCACCUUUUUAAACUUCCUGUCUUUUUAAAAUGUUUUUUGAGUAAAAGAUGUUCAGUUGUGUAUAGUUUUUACUAUGAAAAUAUUUUUUUUAUAGACUAAUUGUAUUUGAUGUUGGUUAAUGGUGUUAAACUUGUUCAUUGUACAAUUUUAAUUUUUUUUUUGCAAUUAAAAAAUGUACCAUUUUGAA